UAAGUUAAACUCCUUUUUCAUAGACACGAUAUAUAGUGUCUUGCUUUAGUUGUCAUUGUCCCAUAUCCACCUAACCAACUUGUUAUAAUAUUCCCCCUCCCCAUAAAACUCACAACACAAGUCUCUCUUUAUAUAUUUGUUCAUUACUUGCUUUCUCCCAAAGAUAAGUGAAAUUCGAUAGAGAGAAUUUUAUAAUAUGGGUGUUCUUGAUUAUUUAUCAAAUUUUUGCACCGUUACUAGCACAAGACGACGUACCAAAAGGAGACCAUUGCAGACAGUGGAGAUAAAAGUGAAGAUGGACUGUGAUGGAUGUGAAAGAAGAGUCAAGAAUGCAGUUAGACGCAUGAAAGGUGUGAAAACAUUGGAAGUGAUUAGAAAACAAAACAGGGUGAUAGUGAGUGGGUAUGUUGAUCCACAAAGAGUGUUGAAUAGAAUAAAAAGCACUGGAAAAAGAGCAGAAAUGUGGCCAUAUGUUCCAUAUAAUUUGGUGUCUUAUCCAUAUGUAGCUCAGGCAUAUGACAAAAAGGCACCUGCUGGUUUUGUUAAAAAUGUACCACAGGCACAAAUUACCCCUAAUGCUACUGAAGAAAGGAUUACUCAUCUUUUUAGUGAUGAUAAUCCCAAUGCUUGUUCUAUUAUGUGAUGUUUAACAUUUCUUUUUUACCUACCUACUUCCAACAUCGAUCAUGUUUUUUUUCUUCCUCUUGGUCUUUAGGAAUUUAUAUUAUGUGCUUGUCUCAUGUAAUUAAGAGAUAGAACUAAUAGCUUCAACGAUGGGAAAUUAAGUUUGUGUAACGAGCACAACGUUUUUUUGUGCCUUGCUUGAAUUUGAAGAAGCAAAUAUCUAUUAUUGUA